AUGCCACCUCGCCGACGAGCAAAAUCUAUUCAGGACCAACCUUCAUCUUCUUCGCCCCCGCCUCCUAAUACUUCUCCAACUGUUCCUGCGGGACUUAUACCUCGUACAACUCGCUCAAGAAAGAGCCAGUCUUCAUUGACAAUCGAGCCCCCAAGGCAGCAAUCAACUACCCGUGCGCCACUAUCUGCACCGUCCACAGGCACUAGUUCAUCGUGGACUUUACCUCAAACCUCUCCACAAUUAGAAUCACAACGCCGAUCGUCAAGGGUGACAGCUGUAAAAGCUAGAGAAACUAUCAGAGAAGCUAUACUUCCUCCUAACCAAUAUAAUUCUGCCACCGCACGGGUAAGAAGAGCUAGUAUAAAUUCCACGAAUAAUAAUCAAAUAAUGAGGAUAGAUAAUACAUUAUCCUCAACCGAGGCUGCGCUGAAUACAAGUCCUCUACUUACAGCAGCAACCCCGGGAUUUAGUCCCAAAAAAAAGACACCACCGGGGCUUAAACAAGAAACAUCAGAUACAAGGUUAUUGGACACAAUACUUCAAAACGGGGGUACCAACGACUUCCAGAGAGGGGGAAGAAAGGGGUCAUUAUCUAAUUCAGUCAAAUCUGGAAAGGAGACUAAUAAAACUGUUGAUCCGGUCAAUGGUACCGAUUUACCUCAAAAUUUGGAUGUUGUCUCAAGCACAGAAACAAAUAAUUCCGGACAGGAAGUAAAUCUAGAGAGGGGAAGCGUCAAAGAAGUCAAUGAGAAAACAAUUACAAGAAAAUCAGAUAUCGAUAUCAAUAUGCAAGAUAUGGAAGUGAGCGAACCGAUAAAAGGAGGCCUUCCUUUGACAGAGCCUAUCGAUGCUGAAAACCGGGAACUCAAUACAUGCGAAUCCGAAGUAGGGGUGAUUGAAAAACCCCAAGAGAUUAUAUACAUAUCUGGUUCAUCACCCCAGCAACCCGGUCAUGAUUCGUCACCAAAGUCAUCGGAAGGGGGUAUGGAGUCACGUGAUACAUCGCCUAGUACAAGUCAAAAAGGUAAACAUGAUUUAUCAUCGUCUGCAAAAAUGCUUUCGAAGGCACGACGUAAAAAACCCCGGAAUAUCUACAUCAGUCCACAGAAGCAGCGGCUUCUGCGUCAGAAGCAGAGGGAACGGGAAGAAUAUAGAAGAAAAGUUGGGCUUUCGGAUUCUAUGGCCGGAAAUGGUAUCCCAUUCGACUCUAUCAUCCAAGACCAGGUUAAUAAUGCCUUUGAAGAAGACUUUGGGCCACUCCUACGCGGAGAAGUUGUUGUUGUGGACGGUGCGCAAACCCCACUAAACUUGGUUGAAGCAGCGGUGGAUCUACUUCUUGGGACUGCGAUGGGGGGUAUAGAAAUUGAAGAUAUCAGAAAGGAGGAUGAAGACGCGGCAAAUACUAUCAUGCGCGAAAUCGAUGCAGACGAAGAGAGAGACGACUCCAAGUUCCUAAGUCAUGUUGAUGAGCCUUUAUCCCCAAUAAUCGUCUCACAGAAUUGCACUGUCGACUCAUCCCUCCAAGCUCCUAAUAGCAAUGAAGAUAGGGCCAAGGGCGGCUCUCCAUCAUACCAAUUACUUGCAGAGGCCGAGAAAGAUUGCGAGAAGCACGAUCAAACUACCGAGGUUGAAGCCACUAGUGAUAGCAACCCCGAAGCGCGAAAGAUUACACCUUUGAUUAAAGAGUCGGUUAGGCACGUUCCAGUUCAUAACUCUGAACAAACCGAUGAUGAAGAUGGAGCAUCGUGCUCUGAGUCUCAAUCAUCAGCCAGCUCGACAGAUGAACUGGAAGUUUCCGACCAAUUGGACCAAUUGGACCCGGAAGUCCUUGAAGAUGCAGAAACCUACCCCAGUAGACCAAUUGGAAGGCGUUUGUCUUUAGGUCCGGAUGGUGAGUUGCAAAAACAGGUUGCAAGAGGGAAUUCCAAUGUACCUAGUCGAGGGGGAGAUGUUUUUAUGGACGAUUUCAACGGAAAUUCGAAUGAUUUAAAUGCCGAGUUCCAAUUGGUGGUUGGCGAUAGUCCUCCAAUACACGACGGGGAAACCGUUGUGGAUGAAGAAGAAGAAAAGCAAUUAAAACCACUGGAAAGCGUUGCUGAUAAUAGCGAGGAUAAGCCUAAAGACCCCGAGGUGACGGAUUUUGAAGUAAAGAGCGUUACCGGGGACGACAUCAAGCUACCCGAUGAAAAGAUUCCAGACCCGGUUCAAGAUGUCACAAACCUCAGUGGGGAGGAUCACCCAACAACAAUCGACGCUAUACCCCAUCAAACAACUACAGCGACUGAACCUCAAGCGGUUCAGGGAGAGCCUUCGCUGAUAAAUGAACUAAAACUUAUUGAAGAUGAAAUUUACCAAGCUGCUGCUCGGCUAAUCACCUUUAGCUCAACUCCUGUAGUUGUAGCUACAAAAAAAAGAAGCUAUUCUCAAUUCGCCAAUAUAGAAAGCGGUGGUCCAUCGAGCUCUCAAAAUAAAGUUGUGACGCAGGCUCACGAGUGUCCGUUGUGCCAAACUACUCUUGCUGAUAUUCUUACGAUACGCAAAGCAAUGGGCUUAGAGCAAGGCCUCAGUGGUAUUGAAAUCAUGAAAAAGCAUGUUGAGCUAUGCACUAAACUAUAUGCGGAUGACGAUGAGGAUAGGGAUGAUGAUGAGGAGGACAGGAUCGAGGACGAGGAAGAGGAAGAGGAAAAUGCAAUUGACAUUGAUAUUGAUGAGGCAGAAUCAGAGGAGGUUGAGGGACAGGGCGACGAGGAAGAUGAGGAAGAAGAGGAAGAGGACGAGGACGAGGACGAGGACGAGGACGAGGAUGAGGACGAAGAAAAAUGGGAAGACGAGGAUGUAAUGGAGGAUGUGGUUGAUGGUGAUGGGGAUGUUGUUUUGGAUCCAGAAUCGCAGGAUUCGUUAAGGUUUCACAGAUCCACACAGAAUCAGAAAAAUCUUCCAGCUUACAUUGUCUGCAAUCCGGAAACCAUUGAAAAGGAGCUCGCGGCUAUGGAAGCGGCUCUUUUAUCUGGGCAAUUCCCGUCGACUACAGCUAUCCAAGAACUUUUGUUUUCUAAGCUCACCGAUGUCUCUGAAUUCCAGAAAAGUCUUGACAGUGCUAAAGACGAGGGAGAGCGAUUCCACGCAGAGGAAAAUAUUGUCUGGGCUUUGGAAGCAAUGCAAAAGGAGUAUCUUCUUCUAGAAGAGGUCAUCAGGCAGAAAGAGGCUGAAGAAGAAGCCUCUGCAAUUUUCAGUGGGGAGUCCUUGUCUAGUGGGAGAGGCAGGGGGAGGGGCAGAGGGCGGGGGAGAGGCAGCAUACAAAGAGGAAGAGUCAGAUCCCAUUGCAAAAAUCCUCUUUGGCCUGACGAUCGUAUAGUGUGGGAAGAUAAGAAGGAGGCAGAACUCUACGGUUUCGCAUAUGAUCCUGCUCCUGAUAAACGCGGCAAACAGGACGCAGAUGGGCAGCAAUCUGGUAAAUACUCGAUUCGGGGUAGGGAGUUACGCAGUCGUGAUAAAGCCGCCGAGUAUGUUAUCAUGCCUGGAUACGAAUUCAAAGACCCCCGUGUGCAUACACUACAGCCCAAACUCACAAGACGCCGGAGAUUGGCAGAAGACAAGAACAAGGAAAAAGAGCCAGGUAAGGAGAAUGGGAGAGCGGAAUCUGCGCCUGUUCAAUUGCCACCUGGCCUCGAUCCUUUGAUGCCUCCUAUCAAAAAGCGAGUUGGUAGACCACCAAAAAAUCCUAAUGCCCAUGCCUUGGCCCUUGCAGCGGCCCAGGCACAACCUAGAGAAUUACUUGCGGCGAUUCCACUUUCCCGUACUCACUCAGCAGACAAUCUUAGCCGAGUCCGAGGCUCGCCGCUCUCAAAUCGAAGAAGUGGGCGGCUCAGCAAUUUCGGCCAAGGACAACCGGCCGGGGACUCUGGGGGUGAUGAAGUGGUUGAAUCUUCUGCAGCGGAGCCGGCAGACCAAUCAUAUAGCACACUCCGGAUUAGGUUCAGUGCUAACGGUCGCGAGCAAUUGAGGGACAUUCUCUCAAGAGACCCGAAUCCUGUUUUUGAGCUGUCCGAUAUCAUGCCAUUACCGUGUUCGCUGAAUAUCCCUGCUACACAGUCGGAACCCGUAUCUCCUUUGAGGCUCUAUCAUGGCGGAAAGCAAACUCGUCAAAACGAUGGUUUACUCACAUUGAUGACUGACGCUGCUGGUCUGGACGAGGGCCCUGGAUCACCUAUCUACGACUCGGCUCCAGAAGGAGCGACCACCCCAACGAGAGGCAGAGGCAGAGGGAGGGGGAGAGGUAGGGGGAGAGGUAGGGGGAGAGGCAGGGGGAGAGGCGUAUCUAUAAGUAGAGGUAGGGGAAGGGGGAGAGGGAGGGGAUCCGCAGUAACAGCUUCAUCUGGACUGCGUAUUGAGACUGCAAGUUCAGUUGAUGAUGAUGAAGCAAGAAUGGAAGAUGAGGAUACCGAUGCUUUUACAGAUUUCAAUGGACGCUUUAAUUCUCCUCCCGAGUAUAGCCGUAACGGAGAAUCAACUGACGCCGACGAUCACAUUGUUAGCGGCGAUGCGUCAGCGACCUCCAAUGGGAACCAUGAUUUUAGGUUUCAUUCAAAUUCGUUCACGGUCCCAAACAAAACCCCCGUAGGAAAGAGCACUUCGGUUCCGCCAACCACGGCCAUGCUUUUUAAUGGCAACAGCGCGGCAUCAACUCCUUCUCCAAUGUUUGGUGUCUUUCAAAGCCGACCAGGCCCGGCUUCGCUACCAGCAAUAUCCAGUGGUAGUCCUACUGAGUUAAACCCUCAGGAUGAACUUGAAGAUAGAAAAUCAAGACAGCGCGUGAGAGGGAAAACCUAUAAGACUCCUACAUUUGUCUCAAGGACAGAGGCUGAUCCAAGAGCCACGAAAGAAGAAGAGUUUAUUGAGGCGCAAAAUGGAAAUCUUGGAAAACGUAAGAGGACUAGAACGGCACUUGCAUAUGAUGCACCAAAGAGAAAAUCUAGAGGAAGACAAACUGAGGGGGGUUCACGUUCAGGUGGCAGUCACGAUUCAAGGGACGGGUCGCAAGAGGCAGAUGUGGAGAUGAGCGAUGACGACGAGAGCGAUGAAGGUGAUAUGAGCACUUAUGGGGGUACAGGUGCAUAG